AUGAUAGCUCAAAUAUAUGUUGAUGACAUUAUGUUUGGAGGGAUGUCAAACCAGAUGGUACAACAUUUUGUCAGGCAGAUGCAAUCUGAAUUUGAAAUGAGUCUUAUUGGAGAACUGGCAUACUUUCUUGGGCUCCAAGUCAAACAAAUGGAUGACAUUAUCUUCAUCUCUCAAAGCAAGUAUGCUAAGAGUAUAUUGAAGAAGUUUGGGAUGGAAAAUGCUAGUCAUCAAAGGAAACAUGCACCAACUCACUUGAAACUGACUAAAGAUGAAAAAGGUGUAAAUAUGGAUCAAAUUCUAUAUAGGAGUAUGAUUGGUAGUCUGUUGUAUCUUACAUCUAGCAUGCCUGACAUUAUAUUUGUUGUAGGAGUUUAUGAUAGAUAUCAGUCUGAACCCAAAAUGAGUCAUAUUACUCAAGUGAAAAGGAUCCUAAAGUACAUCAAUGGAACUAGUUACUAUGGAAUGUUGUUUUCUCAUAAUGCAAACUCCCUGCUUACAGGAUACUAUGAUGCAUAUUAG